GAAGAAUGAGUGGGAAGAGAGAGGGAGAAUGUCCCCGAGUGACGCUACUCAGCCGGACAACAAGAAAACCACAUUUAGUUAUUUGCAAAGUGACGUGGGAGCAGUUCAGCGGGGCACGUGAUCAGCAAUAUCAACAGUUUGCGGAACUUCCCCCACAGUAAAUCGUGUUUCUCUCUCUCUUUUAUCGGCUCCUAUUGAAUAUGUAAUGGAGAAGCCGCCGUCCUGCCACAGACAAUGACGUUCUUUCCGCGGAGUAACUUUGCGCAAGAAGAGUGCGGCGGCUGAAGUGCGGGAGGAAUCGUAUGCAAAUGCGCACGCUGACGUUACAGAUCAUGUGGGUUUUGGCGUAGAUUCCCCACUGAUCGACGGUUUUUUUUUUUUUUUUUUGCUCCCACCGUUGCGCUGUUUGCGGGUGCGAGAUCGGAAGUGUUCGCGAGUCUCCGGGUUUCUGUCCCGCUGUGACGUCACAAAGAGAAACCUUCCGAGCAGGUUCGGGCAGUAGAUGGGAGGACUUCGGGAUGUGGCUUGACAUGAUUGAGAAGAGGGCUCCAUCUUAACCGAGGCUUACAAUUAAAUCCAUCCCUAUGCUGAUACAUAGCAACAGACAGCACUGGCCUUGGAAAACCUGCGGGGUUUAAAGACUAUUGUUACCUGAGUGAAUUAACUCUGCAUCCAGCUACUGCAGACUCUCCUAGUCCAUCCUCAGCAUGGCUAGCAAAAGGAAGUCAACCACCCCGUGUAUGGUGCGAGCUUCUGAAAUUAUCGACCAGGAGGACAACGAUCUCGAUAAUGUCGACGAAAACUCUGUCACGCCUGGCCCAGACCCAAAUGACGACUGGUCAGGAGACAAAGACAAACCUGUGAAGGAAACGGAAAACGAUAAGCCCUCUGCUGAAAAUCAAUCCAAAAAACUUCAAGGGGGUUAUGAGUGUAAAUACUGCCCCUACGUCACCCAAAAUCUCAAUGAAUUUACUGAACACGUUGAUAUGCAGCACCCCAACGUAAUUCUCAACCCACUUUAUGUCUGCGCCGAAUGUAACUUCACAACCAAAAAAUACGACUCCUUGUCCGAUCACAACUCGAAAUUUCAUCCCGGCGAAAACAACUUCAAAUUAAAGUUGAUGAAACGCAAUAAUCAAACUAUCCUAGAGCAGUCGAUCGAGGGAAGCGUUAACAUCAGCGUUGCUCAGGAAAACUUUGACGGUGACGACAGCCCGUCCGGGAUUUCCGUAAGCAAAAUGCCAAUGAUGAAGUUCGGAAAAGCACGGAUGGAGGGUAAGAAAGCAACAAGGUUGCACAAUAACUUUUAUGAUGGAAGCAACAUUACAGAAACAAAUGGUAUUUCCAGUGACCUGCGUGGGGAUAUUUUGACUCACGUUUCCCCUUUUGUUCAGCUUCCGCCCAAUAUUAACCUUCUUCCAAAAGUCCCAGUGCCUCUGAACAGCACCAAAUACAAUUCUGCUCUUGACACAAACACGACCUUGAUCAACUCGUUCAAUAAAUUUCCUUACCCAACCCAAGCGGAGUUGUCUUGUUUGACUGUUGUGUCCAAACACCCAGAGGAACAGAUUCGAAUAUGGUUUGCUACUCAGCGGUUAAAACAUGGCAUCAGCUGGUCUCCGGAGGAAGUUGAAGAGGCAAGGACAAAAAUGUUCAAUGGCACUAUACAGUCUGUCCCCCAAACAAUUACUGUCUUACCAACCCCCAUAACCAAUUCAACGAAAAUCUCUCAGCCUCUUAUCCAGACUGCUUUGCCGUGUCAGAUAAUUGGUCAAACUGGGCUAGUCUUUACUCAGGUGGCCAAUUCACCCGCUGCAACUGUCCAUCCAUUUUCAGCUAAUACUGGUGCUAUUUCUAAUCAAACCCAAAAACAGCAGAUGCAACAAGACACACCAGAGUCCAAACGGCAAAUAAUUACACACAAGCCACCAGCAAUUCAACCCAAGUUGAAUGCCACACCGCUAAAUGAACGUAAAAAGACAAAGGAGCAGAUCGGGUUGCUGAAAGCCAGUUUUGUUCGAAGCCAGUUUCCUGACGACACUGAAAUCUAUAGACUAAUUGAUGUUACUGGGCUGUCCAGAAGUGAAAUUAAAAAGUGGUUCAGUGAUCAUAGAUACAGGAGUCAGAGAGGAAUAGUUCAUAUCACGAGUGAAUCCAUAGCUAAAGACAAAGUAACAUCUAGGUCUACCCGGGGUUACCAUCCAUACAGAGACCUCACUCCUCAGAAGGUCACCGAGACGACGGAAGAACAGCUUGCUUGUCUCGAAAGCAGUUUUCUUAAAAGUUCGUAUCCAACUCAAAAUGAAAUGGAUCAUUUAAAAGCUGAGACUAAAAUGACUCGAAAAGAAUUAGACUUGUGGUUUUCAGAAAGAAGAAAAAUCAGGGAUUCCAUGGAGCAAGCUGUGUUGGAUUCUAUGGGCUCAGACAAAAAUGAUACCAUGCCCAUGAAUGGGGCUUCUCCUCAAAGGGGAAAUGUAUCUGGUUCUUGGCCAGAAACCACAGCACCAUGCAAGUCUAAGCAGGAACAGCUCCAUUUACUAAAAAGUACAUUUGCAAGAACCCAGUGGCCUUCCCCACAAGACUACGACCAGUUGGCAUUGCAGACUGGUCUUGUUCGGACUGAAAUAGUGAAGUGGUUUAAGGACAAUAGGUGUGUUCUAAAAACGGGGAGCCUAAGGUGGAUGGAACAAUACAGGAAACAUUAUGAGCGCUCUCUAGACGAGAGAAGAAAAUACAUAAAGAUGAUUUCAGCCACCGAGGUCGGAAAGGACACUCUAACAAGGUAUUUCCAAGAGUACAACCAGUUACACGAAGAGGACAUUGAGCUCUUGAGUUCAAGGUUACAGAUAAGUCCAGAUGACAUAAGAGUAUACUUUGUGGAAUGGCAGCAACAAGCAGCAUUCGAUCAAAUGGAGAGCAGUAGCCAAGAUGAAGACGCCAUGACAGAAAAUGAAUUCACAGGCAAAGACUGGGCCGGUGGACCUCUGGCAGAUGAUGAGGCUAUUUCUGAUGGUGCAGACAGCUGGGGACAGGCAGCAGCGGACACUCCAGAAGAUACGCCUAAUUAAGAUAAUGAUGGUUAGUCAAGGUUAUCGGAUCCUGUCCAGUAUCUGGGAUGGUUGUAGUCUUUGCAGAUAAUAUAGAGAUAUAUUUUCCUACAAGAACUGA